CAGAGAAAACUGGUGAAGAGGUUAUGUGAAUGUUGGAACGUGUUUUUUCGUAUGGCCUUUCGACUUAGUAUAAUGGUUUGUUAGUUCCAUUUCGUAAGCUGCACUAUCUGAUGUGCGCUGCAGUACGAAUUACAAUAAUUAUCUGCACAAAAUGUCGCGAAAAGGCCCGAAAGGGGGGAAAGGGCCAACAGAAGCAUUGAAAAAGGAAGACCUAGUACAAGCAGUUGUGAUUGCUGACAGCUUCAAAGGAGGAUUUCACCCCAUUACAUAUUCUGUACCAACAGCCUUGAUACCUGUAGUAAAUACACCACUGCUUGAUUAUACACUUCAAUGUCUGGCAUUGUCUUCAGUUCAGGAAGUGGUUCUUUUCUGCAGCUCACAUGCAGAUCUCAUCAAAGAGCAUAUCAAGCAGAGCAAGUGGAAUGAGCUCACCUCUUCCAUGGUAGUAACAGUGAUAGUGUCUGAGACCUGUCGCUCACUUGGUGACGCUAUGCGGGACUUGGAUGCAAAGGCACUUAUAAGGAGUGACUUCAUUCUUGUGUCUGGUGACAUGGUUGGAAACUUAAACUUACUGCCCAUUCUGGAUUACCACAGGAAGAUGCAGAAACAGGACAUGGGUGCAGUAAUGACAAUGGUGUAUAAAGAAGCCGGGCCUGGACAUUGCUCACGCUCUGUUGAGGAUGAAGCAGUUCUUGCAGCGGACUCAUCUACGGGCAGGGUUUUGGCCUAUCACAAGAUGAAAACUGCAACUAAGAAAAUAGGCAUUCCAUUGGAGACGUAUGUUGACCGACCUCGUGUGGAACUACGGUAUGAUCUUCAAGACACCCAUGUGGCUAUCUGCUCUGCUGCUGUGCCACCACUGUUUUCUGACAACUUUGACUUUCAGACAAGGGAUGAUUUUGUUCGUGGGUUGUUAAUGAAUGAAGAAAUUCUUGCCAGUACCAUUUACUGGUAUAGAUUAGACGGUGCCCAGUAUAGUGCGCAUGUUUCUAACUGGCAGAUGUAUCAGGCUGUCAGUCGUGAUAUUAUAUAUCGCUGGGUUUAUCCAUUUGUUCCUGAUUCACCUUUUCUCUGGGAUGUGGAACCUUACAUGUUUCUACGGCACAAUGUUUACAAACAGAAAUCAGUCACGCUUGGAAAGAAUUGUUUUCUGGAGGAAGAUAUUGUGAUUGCUGAGAACACAAGUGUUGGAGAGAACUCUCACAUUAGUCACUCUGUGAUUGGCAAGAACUGUCAUAUAGGCAAGAAUGUUACCAUAUGCAAUUCAUAUGUAUGGGAUAAUGUUACUGUUGGGGACAACUGUCAUAUCAACUUUACAUUAGUUGGGCAUCAGUCAAAACUGGGCACAGGUGUGAGACUUAGUAAGGGUUGUGUUCUAUGCCCUGGUGUGGUUCUACCUCUUGACACCCAUCUAGAAGGAAGCAUUCUUGUUGCUAGUUCUGAGCAGAAUAAGGAGAGUCUAGAACAGGAUGAAGCUUAUAAACUAGAGAAAUUGGCAGACAAGGCCUACUGUCUGCAUGUAGACCAAGCAGAAUAUGACUGUGAAGCUGAGGGACGAGCCCAGCAUUUAUGUGGGCUUUGGUUAGGGACGAGUGGGCUAGACAGCAAGAGUGACAGUGAAGAAGAUCUAUCAGCCAGUAGUGAGAUGUCUGACCAUGCUUCGCCUGUUCCUGACGAUAUACACUUGUUCUUCAGUGAAGUAAUGGAUUCACUCACACGAGGUUAUGACGACAAGCUUCACCCUGACAACCUGAUCCUGGAGAUCAACUCUUCACGGUAUGCAUACAAUGUCAGUGUACGAGAGGUAAACUACUUUGUGGUGAAAGCACUGCUCAGCCUUCCAAUCCAGGCUCAGUCUGCUGACUCAGGACUCAAAUAUGUAAUGGAAUUCAGCAAAAUGCUUAGAGACUUAUUCCCCAUUCUGCAAAACUAUGUACGCAACUCAGAUGCCCAGGAUGACUGCCUGCAAGCCCUAGAGGAUAUGGCAGCCUCGACGGACACAGUGUGUGAAGGACUACUCAAACUACUGCAUCUGUUGUAUGACAAAGACAUUUUGGGAGAGGACGCCAUUUUAAAGUGGUAUAACAGUGAUGACAAAUCGUCAACAGCUGCAGCUCUCCGCAAACAGGUGGCUCCCUUCAUAAAGUGGCUCGAAGAAGCUGAUGAAGAGUCUGAUGAAUCACAGAGUGAUUGAAUUGUGAUUUAAAAUUGCUAAAUGCUCAUUGUUAUUGUUCUUGAUGCUUCGUACUUUAAUAAACCCACAAGUUAUAAAUUCCAAAAAUCAUUUAUUUGUGAACAAUGACUAAUAAUCUGUAUCAGUAACAGUGUAAUUUAAUGUUCUAUUUUUAGGCAGAUUGUUGUAGGGAAGAACAUAGAUUGAGGGUAUUUUGGAACUGUGUUCGAGGAUAUUUGUACCUAAGAGAAAGGAAUAAUGAGAGGCUGGAGAAUAUUAUAAAAUGAGGAGUGUAAUUCUGAAUAUCUGUGCAAUUUUAACAUGAAACAUCUUUGCUGUUAUGCUUGUAUUAAUUUUGGAGUGAUGAGCCAUCCAGUGUAAACAAGAUAUCUACAGUAAAUCAACACAGACUGGUAUGAUAAUAAAUUCAUGGCCCCUAGGAGAACAUAAAAACCAGAUUUGAAAAUUUACUUCACAGAUUACACGAAAUACCCCUGCAUGACACUAACAAAUUAAAAUAAUGUAACAGUAUCAUCAAAAUACCUGAAAACAGUGGAUACAGGAAACAGAAAAUAACUAUAUGAACAACAAAAGAGAAAAAGGAUAACAAACAUAAACCUCUGUCUUACUGUAUUACUUUGAAUAUAAGAUACAUUCAGUUUUUGAAUGUGGGUUUUUGGGAAAAAAGUUAGUGCACAUUCCUCAAAUUUGACACAUCUCAGUUUUCAGUGGAAAGAAAUAUCUAAAAUGUGCAUCUUAUAUUCAAAGUAAUGCAUUAUUAAUAAUUAAUAUCAGGCAACUUGUUGAGAUAAAUAUUACCCUUCUUUUCCUUGCAGACAUUUAACAAGGUCCCAACAGAAAAAUGUAUCAAUCAGAAAAUUCAAAUUAAAACAAGAAACCUUUUUACUGAUG